CGCAUUUCGUGCUGAACCGUUGAACCGGGCGCGCACUGGGGCUGCUGCGUUGUGCGCGAUACAAAACGUGCUGCGCUAAUCCGUUCGGCGACGCGUACGCGGGAUUGCAGAAUAGCGGGAAGAAUUUCCAGUUUUCGUGUUUUGUUAUGUGUGUGAGCGUGUGUGUUUUAUUUUUGGGUUUGUGUCCCCAGCGUCCCCCAGCGAUCAUUCUAGAAGUUAGCGUUCCAGUGCAAAGUGGUGCUGGUCUUUAGGAGGAAAGAAAGCUUCGCGGGUUCAUCAAACACGUUCGCAAGCUUGCUGCAAGUGAGCCGGGUGCAUUGUUAGUGCUCAAAUUUAAAGCAUACAAGCUAAAUGAUGCUCGAUCGGGCAACAAUCGUUUGCCGCACCGGAUUUAUUGUAAGCGUGUCGUGUGAUUCAGUCGUGUGCUAUUAAAACAAGUGCUUCAUGAAAGUGAUUCCUAAACGUUCCCCUCCAAAGGUGUGCCGGAUUUGAUUGAAAGGCACAAGCUUAAAAGUUGUGCAAAGAGAGAGAGAGAGAGAAAAGCAAAAAAACGCACACAAAAAGCUCCCGGAUUGUGACACGCCGUGCACGAAGCGCUCGCAGCUAACUGUAGUUCCCGCCAGGAACUCCACGCGUAUCGAUUCCAACGGCAUUACGAUCCCUAUAAGCCCUCCAGCGGUGGGAAGUGACGCGUUAGUGAACGCCGGUCGAUUGCCUUUUGUAUGGAUUAAUUAUCAAUAUUCACGAUGAAUAAUAAUGACGAGAGGAAGCCCUCGAUAGUGGACGUGGAGAAGGGGCAGCCGGAGCAUGAGCACGCAAGACAGCAACAGCAGCAGCAGCAGCAGCAGCAGCAGGUCGCGGGCUCGCGGUUACGGCCACCGUCGGCACUCGAGCCGUUCGCGUCGGAACCGAGCGGCGACGACCAGCCCGGCAGUAGGAGCGCAAGCGGCGACCGGUUCAGACUAGUGCUACUGUACGUGCUUCAGUUUACCAGCGUCGGUGCCUCGAUCGCGGCCGUUGUACUCAUCUGGGUCUACAUGGGUUGGGAGUUUGGAUUGCCGGCGUUGCUGAUCACCUUGGCCGCGGUGUUCAUCGCCAGCGGCUGGUGGCGAUGGUGGUACAUCGCGUUCGUGACGGCGCCCCGCGAUAUCAAAGCUCUGACGCGGUACAUCAAGCUGCUCGGGUUGGUGCGGAAGCACGCGAAGAACAAUGCCACGAUCGGCGACAUCUUUGCGGAGUUUGUGUCGAAGCAGCCGGAAAAGGCAUGCCUCAUCUUCGAAGGACGCACCUGGACGUUUCGUGAGGUGAACGACUAUUCCAAUCGGCUGGCGAACGUGUUCCACUCGCACGGCUACAAGCAUGGCGACGUGGUCGGACUGCUGCAGGAGAACCGGCCCGAGUUUGUCGCCACCUGGCUGGGCCUGUCGAAGCUGGGCGUGAUCGUGCCACUGAUCAACCACAAUCUGCGCAAGAACGCGCUCAUGCACAGCGUCACGGUGGCGAACUGUAACGCACUGAUCUAUGGCGAAGCGUUGGCCGAUGCGGUGGCCGAAAUUGCCGACCAGCUGCCGUCGGCGGUAGCGCUGUACCAGGUGAACGAGGCCACGCAGCAGCCGGUGCUCGCGAACGCGAAAGACCUCACCACGCUGAUGCAGUCCGCGUCGAAGGAGCUGCCGGUGAACGGGGUGAAGAAGCCGAACCAUCACGAUAAGCUGAUCUACAUCUACACGUCCGGCACGACCGGGCUACCGAAGGCGGCCGUCAUCACGCACUCCAGGUACAUUUUUAUUGCGGCUGCAAUCUCCCUGGUGGCUGGAUUCCGUGCGGACGAUACGUUCUACACCCCGUUGCCGCUGUACCACACCGCCGGUGGUAUGAUGAGCAUCGGGCAGGCCCUGCUGUUCGGCGCAACGGUGGUCACGAGGAAGAAGUUUUCCGCGUCGCAGUUCUUUGCCGACUGUCAGAAGUACAACUGCACGAUUGCCCAAUACAUUGGUGAAAUGUGUCGCUACAUCCUGGCCACGCCGGUCUCGCCCGUCGACAAAGCGCACAAGGUACGGUUGAUUUUCGGCAACGGGCUGCGUCCCCAGAUUUGGCCCCAGUUCGUCGAGCGGUUCAACAUUCCGCGGGUGGCUGAGUUUUAUGGUGCCACGGAGGGCAACGCUAACAUCGUGAACAUCGACAACACGGUCGGUGCGAUCGGGUUCGUGUCGCGCAUCAUACCCGUCGUCUAUCCGAUCUCGAUCAUCCGGGCCGACCCGGCCACCGGGUACAGUGAGCCGCUGCGCGGCAAGGACGGCCUCUGCCAGCUGUGCAAACCGAACGAGCCCGGCCUGUUCAUCGGCAAGAUCAUCCCGAACAAUCCGUCCCGGGCGUUCCUCGGGUACGUCGACAAGGGUGCGACGGAGAAGAAGAUCGUGCGCGACAUCUUCCGCAAGGGCGAUGCGGCCUUCCUGUCGGGCGAUCUGCUCGUCGCCGACGAGCGGGGCAGCCUGUUCUUCAAGGAUCGGACCGGCGACACGUACCGCUGGAAGGGCGAGAACGUGUCGACGAGCGAGGUGGAGGCGGAGGUGAGCAAUGCGUGCGGCUACCGGGACACGGUAGUGUACGGCGUGGAGGUACCGAACCUGGAGGGCCGUGCCGGCAUGGCCGCCAUCCUCGAUCCGGAGCGGCAGGUCGACCUGGAGCAGCUGGCCCGCACGCUCAAGGACACGCUGCCGUCGUACGCUCGGCCCCAGUUCGUGCGGCUGCUGUCGAAGGUCGACAUGACCGGUACGUUCAAGCUGAAAAAGCUCGACCUGCAGCUGGAAGGGUUCGAUCCGAGCGGUAUCGAGGACUCGGUCUACUACCUGACGCCCAAGGGCCAGUACGAGCUGCUGACGCCCGCCAUCUACGAGCAGAUCGUGCGGGGCGAGGUGCGGCUGUAG